GGAGCCGCGCUCGGCUUCCGGUUCCGGGCGGCGACUCGAUGGCGGCGGCGCCGGGCAGCUCGCCGUCCCCGUCGGGCCUGGUGCUCCUGGCCUCGGCGAAGGCCUGGGUGCCGCGCUCGCCGGAGGCACCCUCUCCGCCGACGUCGGCCUCGUCCGCGGCCUCGCCGGGCGGCCGGGAAGCGCAGCGCCUCUUCCGGCUCCAGCUGAGCGCGGCGCCCGGCCCCGAGCGCUUCCGAUUCGGCUUGAGGAGCGCGGCGGAGUCGGGAGGCGAAGCGGGCCUUGUUGAGUACAACCUCAGAGACAUUUCCUAUGAGGUGAAGACUGCCACGUGCCAUGAGCUGAAGUUCUUAGCCCGCCCAGACGACCCCCUUGUUUUCCACUUUGAGGAUGAGCAUGAGGCACAGAGGUGGUGGACAGUCGUCAACAGCUCCCUUCAGGAGCUCCAGAAAGCUGCUGAGGGAAGCGGUUUGCUGACAGGACGGCCUUCUCCCCUUCCCUUGGCACUUUUCAACUCUCUGUCAGACAUCCAUGUCUCUCUGCCCUUGGAGCUUGCCAGGAAAGAGGACCUGGCGCUCCACCUGUCCACUGCCAUCGAGCUCGGGGACGAGGCGGAGGCCAUGCGCUGUGCCACGCUGCUUGCCCAGCAACACGCUGCUCUGCGGAUCCUGCUGAAGGAGUCCUGCUACCCCACAAGCGAGAUCAGCAUGAAGGUGCAGGUGGAAGACGCCACUUGCUCGACGAGCAUCACCACCCGGGUCCACACGUACACCACCAUUGCAGGGCUCAGGCAGAAGGUCUUUCAGGAUUACGGAUUCCACCCCAGCGUCCAGCGCUGGAUUAUUGGCCAGUGUCUCUGUGUGGAUGACCGAACCGUUGGCUCUUACGGGAUCCGGAAGGACGGCGACACGGCCUUCCUCUACCUGCUCUCGGCAAAGGGCGCCCACCUCUCUGAGCAGCGCUUCAAGGAGGACAGGGACUGGGUGGUGCUGCAGCCGCCUCCCUCGCCCCUCGCGGACAACACAGACGCCAGGCACAAAUUCAGCACCUUGCCCACCUGUCUGCCCAAGAAAAGUGUGAAAAAUUCUAACAGGAAGAGGGAUGUUGGUGAGAGCAGCCACUUCCUGGGGAAAUUCCUCCCUGGCCACUCGCGAGCCCCUCCGCCCCCGGCUGCUGCUGCUGCUGCCCCUCCUCCCUCUCCUUUGCCGACUGGCUGGUCUUGCCCCACCUGCACCUUCAUCAACAAGCCCACCCGGCCCGGCUGCGAGAUGUGCAGCACAGACCGGCCUGCCAACUAUGUGGUUCCCGGGAGCUACAGGCCGGAUGAGGUGGAGCUGUGGCGGAUGCAGCAGGAGAAGGAGGGCAUCUUACAGUACCAGAAGGCCCUGGAGCAGGAGCGGCUGCAGAACUUCCAGCAGUUGCGGCAGCUGGACGAGGCGGCGCUGGUGCCUAACCGGGAGGAGAUCGAGUGCCGCAUCUGCUACCUGAACGUGGAGCCUGGCGAGGGCGUCCUGCUUCGGGAGUGCCUGCACAGCUUCUGCAGGGACUGCCUGCGCCAGCUGAUCAACUGCAGCGAGGAGCCCCAGGUGGCCUGUCCCUUCCGGGACGACUCCUACGCCUGCAGCAGCCACCUCCAGGACAGGGAGAUCCGGGCGCUGGUGUCGUGGGACGAGUACGAGCGCUUCCUGGAGCGGAGGCUGGCCGUGGCCGAGAGCAGGGCCCAGAACAGCUACCACUGCCAGACGGCCGACUGCCUGGGCUGGUGCAUCUACGAGGAUGACGUCAACGAGUUCCGCUGCCCCAUCUGCUGGGCCCUCAACUGCCUUGUCUGCAAGGCCAUCCAUGAAGGCAUGAACUGCAAGCAGUACCAGGACAAGCUGCAGCUCCAGGCUCACAACGAUGCCGCUGCCCGCGAGACCAGCAACAUGCUGAAGACGCUGGUGCAGCUAGGACAGGCCAUGCACUGUCCCGUCUGCCGCAUCGUGGUGCAGAAGAAGGGGGGCUGCGACUGGCUCCGCUGCCCCGUCUGCCAGACGGAGAUCUGCUGGGUGACCAAGGGGCCGCGCUGGGGGCCUGGGGGUCCCGGUGACACCAAUGGAGGCUGCCGGUGCAACGUGGAUGGGGAAAGGUGCCACCCCAAUUGCCAGAACUGCCACUGAGCGCCUGCCAAAGGGGCAUCGGAUGCUGCCAGGACUCCCACCGGCAAGGAAGGAGCCUCUGCACCAGGAGAUGAGAAGCAGCCUGCUGGAAGCUGGCCUUGGGGAGAGGCCUCAGCAUGGCUGGCUGCUCCCUCCUUUGGCUUUCCUCCCCGAACUUUAGAGCAUGCAGCAGAUGAAAGACCCCCCCACCCCGCCCAUUAUGGCUGCGGCAGAUGCUCUGCCCCUCCUCCCUGCACUGACCUCAGAGGCGCUCUCCACCCCACUGUGCCUUUGAACCCCAACCCUCACCCCUUUUGCACUACCAGAAUCUCCCUCCGCGACCCCGUGGCCAAGGAGGCUGGGCUCCCCAAAGGGGUCCCACUCCUGGGAGCACCCUUGCCUCAACUGACAGCCCCCGGCGUAGGGUGCUAAGCUUUGGGGGAGCAACAUCAGCACCAAGGAAGGGGGAAGGUGGCCAGGAUGUAUGCUGCUGCACAGAGGGGACAAAAACCCCUUCAAUAAAAAAGAAAAGUAUAAACGCA